AUGGUUAUUAGUGAGUUGAUCUUUGGUGUGGCAUUCUUCUUUCAAUGUGCCAUUGGUCUUGUAGGCAAUUCACUGCUGCUCAUGCUCUAUAUUUGUAUCUCCUUCAAAAAGCCUCAACAGAAGAAGUCCAUGGAUUUGAUUCUUGCUCAUUUGACUUUGGCCAAUAUGGUAACACUUUUUACCAGGGGCAUCCCAGAAAUCCUGUUUUGUUUUGGGAUGAGACAUAUUUUAGAUGAUUUAUGGUGUAAGGCACUCAUGUACAUUUACAGAAUUUCCCGGGGACUUUCUGUCUGCACAACAAGUCUUCUGAGUAUGUUCCAGGCCCUCAUCAUCAGUCCCCACAGCUCUGUGUGGGUAAGCAUCAAAGUCAGAGCCCCUAAAUACAUUUCACAUUAUUUCCUCUUUUUCUGGGUCACCAACGCAUUGAUCUACAUUAGGGUCAUUGAACUCACUGAAGCAACCAAAAAUGACACAAUUUCUACCUAUCGUUAUGCCUCACAUAUUUUCGUAGUAAGAUCAGUAGGAGAUGACAAUGAACUUACUGCUGCAUUUAUGUUUGGUAUGACUCUUCAUGACCUUAUCUUUCACUUCCUUAUGUGCUUGUCCAGUACCCACAUGGUGCUUCUCCUCUAUAGACAUAGCAAGCAAGUGAAGCAUAUUUAUAGCAAUAGUCAUUCCCCUAGAUCCUUCCCAGAGGUCAAGGCCACACAGACCAUCCUCUUGCUUGUAACCUGUUUUGUUUUAUUCUACUGGCUCAACAACUGUAUCACUUUAUAUGAAACUUUUAAAUUUGAAAAAGAUGUUGAGUUGGAAACCAUUGCCAGCUUUUUUGGUGGAUGUUACCCUGCCCUCUGUCCCUUAUUGCUUAUCGGCAGUGAGAGUCGUAUCCCAAAGUUUCAUUGUAUGCCUGGAAAGGCACAAAGACCUCAUAAGGAUUUUAUGGAUAGAUUGGUCAACCCAUGA